AUGCCGCCUAGAAAGAAGGGAAGUGCUAAAAAGAAAAAGCUUGCCAACAUGACUGAAGAGGAAAGACUGCUUUAUCUCGAGCAGAAGCAGUUGGCAGAAGAGGAAAUGCGAAAAAAUAAAGAAGAUUUACUGACGCAAUUUCUAAAGGAAAAGCUUGGCAAAGAGGAAAAGUAUUCCAAAUUUAACAUUAAUAAGUUAAAUUAUCAAUGGCGAGCAAUCAUGCGAGAAGCCAAAGCGAAGGAUUUAGUUAAAGAUAUUGAAGUCCUACAGCAAACAUUUGAACGUGUUGUGGAUCGUAAAGAUGCAAUUGUCAAGUCUCUAGGAAAGGAUUUAGAAGAAGCUGAAGAACAAUAUCAAAUGGCUUUAAGGAGUCAUCUACAAAAUAUGGAUGAAUUAAUCGCUUUACAACAUAGCCGAUUAACGUCAGUAAAGUCGGAAUAUGACAAACAGCUAGAAAUUCUAAAGCAGGAAUUCGAUUCCGAAAGGUCCUCUAUGAUCAAUCAAAAUAAGAAAGAAUGUGAUGAAUUGACAGAUAUAAUGUUCGCAAUGGAGCAAGAAUUUAAUGAAAGAGAAAGCGAUGUUCGCCAUGAGUUUCAAAGUGUACGAGAUGAAAUCAAAAAUAGGAAUUUAGAGGAAAAGCAUGCCCUACGCAUACAGCUGGAAGGCACUGUUGAAGAUCUGUGGAAGCAAUUUGAAGAAGCGCGUACUAAUUAUACGCAAGCUACGGCAGACAGAAAAACAGCGUUCGAGAAUCUAAAAGCAAAAGAUGAAAAAAGUGCUGAAGAAAUUGAACAACAAAUGAGAAAGCUACAACGCUUAACUGAUCAAAUAUCAUUUUUGAAAGCUAAAAUGGCCAGCACCGCUAAAGAAAGUGAUGAACGCAAUAAAACUUUGAAAGAAGAAAGAGAAUCUAUUCUCGUGCAUUUUCAAGAGCUUAAAACUCAAAUGGGUAGACUUCGCGAUGCUGAUAGAGCUAGGUUAACAACUUUAACAGUUCAAAGCAAUAACACUCUGAAGGAAUUAGAUAGGAUUAAAACUAAGGGUCAGCAUAUUUUAAAAAUUGCUGAAAUGUGUAGAAAACUGGAAGCUGAAGAAGAAAAGGUUUUACCAUUUUAUCCGUCUACUCUGACAAAGGAAGAAGAAGAUGAUAUCGAAGCAGCUAUGGCGGAACCUUCAGUUGAAAAACUUGCAGAUAUGCUUCACGAUUAUACCAGCUUAGAUAACUUUUGGAAACGUUAUAAUAAGGUACUAUUAGAGAAAUUAGCAAUUGAUAAGGAAAAAGGCAAAUUGGUGGCUGAAAAUCAGCGGUUAAAAGCUAUUCUAAAGCAAUACUUAGAUGGUGUAUCAGUAAACGACGAAAUUUUAAGUAAAGCCAAUCCAUUAUUUGUCGUCAAUAGCCACUCCAACAUUCCGAUGUCUGUACCAGUUAUGGAUUCCCGUGUUGCAAAACCAACUAUAACAACCAUUGACGCGACACAAGCUGUGAAACAUAUAGUAUGA